AUGGCUACGCGAUCAUGGAUACCCCCUCCAUUGCCUGCUGCAUCCCAUCCAACAUUGGCCUCUCGUAACAUGCAUCAUAGCUCCGUUUACCCCCUCAAUGCCAUGGCUGUCAUCUACUGGCUCCCUAUCUCAACACCCACCUUUUCCCGCUCACAUCAUCCCCCCAUAAUAAUGUAA